AUGCGCGUGUAUCGUCAAGGACUCUCCGAUAUUCCGGAGAUCCCAGAGGCCUCGCCCAUCGGCCUAGAAGCAGGGUCUCCAUACGCGCAUCACGGUGCAGCACCACCAGGAACGGCAAAGCCCGCCUCCAACCAAUUUGACGGCGGUAAUUCCUUUCAUGAGACUACACAAGGCCGACCACACAACCAAGGGCAUCAAAAUGUACCGUGGAGCCAGAGACGUUUGGCUUUGGCAUACAUCAGUAUAUUUCUCCUCUUUUUUGUCACUUCUCUUCAACAACAAAUCAGCAAUCACCUCAUUGCUCACACCAUGAGUACCUUUGACAAGCAUCCAUUGACCGCAACCAAUGGCCUUAUUUCCAGUAUCAUCGGUGCGGUAAUCAAGUUGCCUAUGUCCAGAGGAAGUGAUAUUUGGGGACGCGUUGAAUUAUUCACAGCAAUUGUCAUUAUAACAAUAACUGGUUUAAUCAUGGCGGCAACGUCUAAAACCGUGGAAGUCUUCAUGGUAGCACAGACUUUAUGCUGGGUUGGCUAUGACGCAAUAUCGUACGUCCUCCUGGUUGCUAUGGCGGAUAUAUCUUCUAUCAAGAACCGAGCUUGGAUUUUCGCGACCAGCACCCUCCCACACCUCAUCAAUGCAUUCGUGGGCCCUGUGGCUGCACAGAGGUUCCAUGAACGUGGCACCUGGCGCUGGGCGUAUGGACUUUUUGCAAUCUUUCUGCCCGUGGUCUGCAUGCCAGCAUCCAUAAUUCUCUUCGGACGCCGUCAAAGAGUGGCAGGUGCGGCACAUGAACCUAAGACAAGUCAUCGAGCACGAUGGAAGUUGGCUCAGAUAUAUUUGGUAGAGUCUGAUGUUAUCGGUGCUAUUCUGCUUGGCGUGACAUUUGUGAUGCUCCUAUUACCGUUCAGCCUUGGGAUAAUGUCCCAAACAUCUUCGACGACCCCUCAACUGCCGUUCAUGCUUGGUUUCGGCAUUUGUUUAUUCCCUGUUUUUGUGAUGUGGGAAAAGUUUCUUUCUCAGAUCUGCACAGUACCAUUCCACAGCCUGCUGAAUUCGACUGUACUAGGAGGAUGUCUAGCCGGGGGAACGCUAUUCAUCAGCUUUUUCUGUCUAGAUUCUUACUUCAUUUCCUACAUCCAAGUGGUUUACAACCUCACUGUGUCAGGAGCGGGAUACGUGUGCAACAUCUACAUCAUUGGGGCGUGCUUCUUCGCUAUAUUUGCUGGAAUUUUCAUUCGUAUCAAUGGAAAGUACACGAAGUUGGCUCUUAUCGCUGUUACCUUUGACCUUCUAGCUACGGGGUUGACGAUAUUAACCCGCCAGCCAAAGAAAAAGCUAUGGCAUAUCAUAUUGAAUCAAGUCAUGUUAUCUCUUCCCGGCGGGAUAAUGGGAAUAUGUGGUCCAAUGGCAGUUAUGACGGCAACUGACCAUUCUGAUGUAGCAGCAACACUCGCACUGUUCAGCCUUUUCACAGAGUUGGGCGCUGCUGUGGGACAAACGAUCGCCACGGGCAUGUAUACGUACUAUAUGCCCAAGGCAUUAGAGAAAUACCUCCCUCCAGAUGCUAAGUCCUCGGCCAAGCUUAUAUAUGGAAGCCUCAUGAAUCAGCUAAGAUACCCCAUGCUUAGUGCGGUCAGAGAAGCCAUCAUCAAAGCAUAUGGAGACUUCAUGCGGCAUGUGUGCGUCGUCGGACUAGGUUUCUUGCCAAUAACUUUGCUUUCAGUGGCAAUGUGGGAGAAUAUCAAUGUCAAGAAAAUCAAAGAAAUAAGGCUAAUGGCCGUCUGA